UGCGCGUAUGCACCGCAAUUACAGUGGGCUCCAGAAUUAUUGACACCCUUGAUAAAAAUGAAGACGUAAGACUAAGUAAAUAACACAGAUAAUAGCUCCAGCCCCCCUGCGACCCUAUUCAGGAUAAGCGGGUUAAGAUAAUGGAUGGAUGGAUGGUCUACAAAUAUGACCUCUUUUGUUGGAAGCAGAAGUAAAAAGUAUUUUUUUAGAGGUAUUCAAUUGGAAAUGAGGACUACCUCCUAACACAUUGAUUUUUGGUCUCAUUAAAAAGAGACUAGAAUCUUUUCUUAAUAAUACAAUGCUGCUUCACCCUUCUUUCAACAAUAUAACAAUAUAAGAUUAAAUAAUAAGUACAUUCUCCUCAUAGAGGGGCUAGUUCAUGUCAUAAAGGAUUGUGACACCCCCCCUCCCACCUUCAUUCCAUACCUUAACUCAGCAUCGCCCAAUCAGGGCAUCCAUGGGUAGCCUGGCUGUGGUAUUUAAGAUGGCCACAGGAACUGGUUUGUGCAUUAGAUUUUGGAUCUUUGGAGGAUCGUUUUGGUGCUGGUUCCUGGAGUAAUACUCUGAUAAUUUUUGAAAUCCGAAACCAAGAAGCAAAUAAAAGAACCUGUGAGACCAUGACUACCUUCACUCCAGAGGACUUUGGCUUCACCUUGCUCAAGGAUGGGACUUCUGUCCAGGACAUCAUCGAUCAGAAGAUCGACACGUUGCGUGAGGCGGAGUCCAAAGAGGCCUUCUUUGUGGCGGACCUGGGGGAGGUGGUGAGGAGGUACCAGUUGUGGGUACGUGAGAUACCUCGAGCCACGCCCUUCUACGCCGUUAAGUGCAACGACAGCCCUCCCAUUGUCAAGACUCUUGCGGCCCUGGGGACAGGGUUCGACUGCGCCAGCAAGUGUGAGAUGGAGCAAGUGACGUCUAUCGGGGUGGACCCCAGCAGGAUCAUCUUUUCCCACACCAUCAAGCCGCCCACCUACCUGAAAUACGCCACUUCCCUUGGGAUCCAGAAGAUGACCUUCGACAACGAGGCAGAGCUUGUUAAGAUCGCCCAAUGCUGUGAAAAUCCCAAGCUGGUCCUCCGCAUAGCCGUGGAUGACACAGAUUCAAUGUUCUCAAUGAGUUCCAAGUUCGGGGCGAAGCUGGAGACAUGCCCGGCACUCCUGAAACGUGCGCAGGAGCUGGGCCUGGACGUCAUCGGGGUCAGCUUCCACGUGGGCAGCUACUGUAUGGAUCCUGUGGCCUACACAAAGGCCAUCAAAAAUGCCAAAGACAUCUUUGACCUGGCGGCAACGAUUGGCUACAAAAUGACCUUCCUGGACCUUGGUGGAGGAUACCCUGGGUUUGACAUUCCCGAUCGUCUUUACUUUAAACAGAUGGCCGUUGAAAUAAACCUCGCUCUGGACAAGUACUUCCCCGUCAGCUCCGAAGUCCAAAUAAUCAGUGAGCCGGGCCGCUUCUUCCCAUCGACAGCCUACACGCUGGCUGUCAAUGUCGUCAGUAAGAGGGUGGACAUCAAGAAGUCCAGUGAUGACAAAGAAGACAGGGCCAAGGAGAAGAUCGUUAAUUACUUUGUGAAUGAUGGGCUCCACUCUUCAUUUAGAUUCGUAAUUUUCCACGAUACCUACGUCCUGCCAAGUGCACAAAAGAAAAGCAAGUCAGGUGAGCGUGUCUACCCCAGCACCAUCUUCGGCCAGACCUGUGAUGGGCACGACCUCAUUGUGGAAGAAUAUAACCUGCCGGAUAUACAGGUGGGCCAAUGGAUGAUAUUCUACCACAUGGGGGCCUACUCCAUCACCACUGCCACCAACUUCAACGGCUUCCCGAAGCCAAAAACCAACUUUGUGAUGGCCCCGAUAUUAUGGCAACAGCUUCAGGAGAUCUCUGCUAAGGCGGGCCAAGAUCGUUUGAAGCUGUGCUGUCUCAACGCUGACUUGGAUGCCGUCUGCACAGCGAUGCCUGGCCCCACCCGCAAGUGGAGAGCUAAAGGGGGGAAGGGGAAGUAGAGAGGGUGAGAGAUCUCCACCAGGUCCAAACAGCAACACCAGGGGCCUGUUCCAAAACCAGAGCUUCUUCAAUGCGCUUGAAGAAGGCGUGUUGAUCUCUUUCCGGUUGCCAGGAGAAGGGGUCGUUUUGGCAACCAAAUUGGGAGAAAAUGGGGAAAAAAUCCGAAACUAUUUUUCUUUUUUCAAAGCCCUGAAAUCUGUAAUCAACUUUUCCUGUAAUAAACUCUCUGUAAUCAUGCAA